AUGAAAUAUUAUUCCAAGUGUGUAUAUGCAGCAAUUACUCGUACUGCUAAUUCAGAUAUAAAAAGUCCAACGAAUGAUGAAUUAUUUGAUAUGCAAACUAAAACAGUAAUUGAUUAUUUACGUGGCAAACAUGACAAAUGUUGGCCUGAGGUUUGCUGGAUUGUAGAAAAUCCAGAUUUUGAACUAGGUACGCCUAAUUUAAUUACUUAUAGUAAUAUACAAUGCAAAGAUUUAGAAGAAUUUUUGCGAAAAAUUAUGAAAUUACUAAAUCAGCAAAGUCUUAUAACAACGAUUAGAACUAGUGUUAAUGAGGCUAUUAAUCAGUUGAAAUUAAAUUAUACUGAUAAAAAAACAGACUAUCCAAAGUCUUUUGCAGCUCGCCAUGUAUUAGCAGUAUUACAUAAUAAUGUUGGCCUAGUAGAGAUUCAAAUAGUUCAACAAGGUUUAGAAACUAUGCAAUUUCAUCCUUCUUUUGCAACAAAGAUACCUAAUUUCAAGACUAUUAUUAAGUGUGAUGGUUGCCAAUCUUUUCCUAUACGAUAUUCUAAUGAUUCAAAAAAUAGAAUGUUAGAUGCAAUUGUUAGUGAAGUGUUUAACUUUACAGAAUUCAGACCAAAGCAACGAGAAAGUAUUGAUAGUUUUACUGCAGGAAAUGAUAUUUUGUGUAUUUUACCUACUGGCAGAGGAAAGACCUUUAUUUAUGCUUCUUCAGCUUUACUAUUUACGGUGUUAACUGUAGUUUUUACUCCAUUAAAGGCAUUAAUAGAAGAUCAACUAGUAAAUAUGGGUAUCGCAUCAGCUAUGUUAUACGCAUCUUCUGAACAGCCACCUGAUGAUCAAGAAGCAAUUUUUUCUGAAAUUGCAUCUGGAUUUACACAAAUACUACUAGUAACUCCAAAGAAAUAUAUAAAAAAUCUAGCAUUUGCUCGUAUGUUACAAAAAAUUGCAUGUAAUUAA